UAUUCCAAAUGGAAGGUGACGCUAUACACGCAUUGACAAGGACAGACAGCCAAAAAACUGCAGCUCUCAUAUUAGCGUUACUGAGAUCAUAAUGGUACUACAAUGGUUAAACUUGUACCAGAGUUUUUGAAAAAAAUAAUCGUACAAAAGGGCGUCAACAACAGAACCAACAAUACAAACACUGCAGAAGUGAGUCGUAGUAACACAUUAUUGACGGAUGGUCUAUCCCAUAUAAAGGGAGUAAACUUUAACAGCGAGGAGGAAGAAGAAACUUCAUCUGGCGCUAUAAAUCGCACAUACCACCAAGGGAGCCACCUUGAACUCGGUAUAACAUCGAACAUAUCAACCAUAGCUCUACGUGAUUGGGGGUGCCCCGUGUACGACGAAAUACGUGAAGAAGGGGUAUUCACCGGGAAGUAUUUCACAGGAUUCCUAAGGAAUUACGUUGCAAGCGGAGAUCAUUCCGACGCAUUACAGGCGUCAAACAAAUCAAAAGUAAUACCCAAAGAAGAAUUUGAUUUCACGGAAUAUAUAAGCCAGGUGUCUGUCUUCUACUCAAUGAUGGAGGAAGGUAUAAAUGAUGCACAAAAUACAGAUAGUAUAAAUGAAAAUCAUCUGCCAAGCGAAACACAUGUGCCUAAGGAAUAUUACAGCGAAGAUUAUCAAGUAGAGAAAAAUGAAGUAUUUAGAAAAGAACUGGAAUGUAUACCGGAAGUAAUGUCCUCUAUGGAAGCACAACUGGAAACAGUAAACGCAGAACUACAAGAAAUGCUAGAAAGAAGAUAUAUACACGUCCACGAAGCUUGUACAAGCGUAGAAGAGUUGCACGCCCGCUUCCAAGAUCUAACACAACAAAUCAAUCGGAUAAGAGCAGAUAUUGAAAGCGAAACGGCCCUAACAAACACACCCACACGAAAUACAACAAAUGCAGAUGUAGAAAAGGAAUUAGAUUCGGUAUUGCAAAAUGGAAUAGCACGUAAGAAAGAUUUGCAAAUACUCUUGGGGUACCUACAGGAGUUAAGAGGUAUAACGGCCCUACCAGAAUAUAUACAAAGCGUCUCGGAGUCACAUGGAAUUGCUAUAGCAAAUAUAGUUGCAACGUGCUCAAUCAAGUACCUCUACGGUGAUGCCGGUAAAUUCAAACUCGCAAAGUCGAUGGCCUCUGUUCUAAACGAUACCAUCGCCAACCUAGAACGGGUAGCAGAAACAAAAUUUGUCAAACUUGCACUGAUGGCAUUGCUGGAAUUGGGAAAUAAUAACGAUGUCACAACAUCAAUAGAGCUCAUGAAAACAUCACUUAGGCAUAUGCAACAACCGUUGGUGGCCUUGAUGAACGCUACCACACUACGAGAUGCAUUAAGUACACUGAGAACCACAAGCAAUGUAUCCAGAAAUACCAAUAAAAUCGGAAAGUUCGAUAACUGGUAUAGUUUCGCAGAUACUUUUGAAAAGCAGAAAGUCGCCCUGCUAGCAUAUCUGUUUUUAUGCCAGGUUUGGGGGUGCAUGAUACUUAGGCAAAUACUAUGCGUACAACGAAUGAAAAGAAGAGAUGCUGAAAUAUUGCAACCGGAAGAAUCCACAAUGCUGAUCCAGAAGAUAUUGCACGUAAUAAGAGAAACUUUGUGUCCCACUUCUCCACGAGGUAAUUUAACCGCUAACUCACCCAUCAACAGGCUUAUCACUAAAGCAAUUGUAUUGCCAACAACAUGCGAAGACGCAUUUGAUUAUGCAUCGUAUUUCGAAUGCCAGUCAAUGGACGAAGUCAUAUUGGAUAGUGGAAUUGAUACCGAUAUUGCCAACAUCAGCCUAGUGGAUGAGUAUCUAGGAUAUUGUGCAUCGAUAAAAAAUAUAGUCGAUGAUAUCUCGAAAAACGCAUUCGCAGAUUUUGCAAGCCAAAUGAUACUAUACUGUACAUGGAAAGAAGAAAGAGAGGUGCAGGACUUUGUAACAUUCAUAGAAGGAUACAAAACGUUCAGAACGAAAUAUGAUAGACUACUGGCAGAAAUUAACGCAAAUGACGUGUUCUUCUCAAUGCUGUGGCAAACACUAGAAACGGAAUGGAAUGAACAUAAAUCGCACGCUGUUGAAAGUAACUGGCUACCAGGAAUUAAAAAUGGACUCGCAAACCUGGAAAAAAGUAGAAAUACACAACUGGGCUCUAUCGUAGAGGAUAAUAGCCGUAAAGUCGGUAUGUCAUGUCUGGAAUCAAUGAAAGUAGGAAACAUGGUAGCAGUUCAAAAUGCGUUUGUUAGGGAAACCUGGGAUAAAUAUAAAACAAGUAUCUACGCAAUGGAACAAGAUGAAGAAAUGUUCUCAUUGGUCACGUCGUGUACUGCAUUAGAUGAAAGAUUGAAUCUAUACCCCUUUUUAGCAGAGGCGCUCCCGGACGUUGCCGACGCUGUUGCCCAGGACUGCGUGCACCUAGUGGAAAUGUUCCAUUCAUUAGUGGAUGCAGAAGUCUCGAGCCUGGAAUUCUCACCAAUUGAAUUGGACUACACGCUAGUGCGUAAGAGCUGCCUCAUGGCAGAAGCACUGAGAUACUUCUCCCAUAGAGUAAUAGAUGUAGUAACCAAGGCACUCAAUAACGCAUCGGAAUCGAUCAACACAUACGAAAGAAGUGCUACCGUUGUAUCAGAGGAACUAGAAAGUAAUUUCAAAGACCUGUACCAAGGAGCUCAAAAGUCAUCCGACGAUAUGGAGUCGUUAAAACAGAGAUUGUUGCACAUGCUCUCGGAGGCUAUAUCACUCCAAUUGAAGCAGCACGUUACACUGUGGGUGUCGCAACGACAUAGUGAAGCAUACCAUGAUGGAGAGGUAAAGAAAAUUAUACAUAUCAUACAACAAAGCGUGGAUGUGAUAUCAGAUAUCAUAAAGGAUCCCACAGAUGUGCAAUUGGUCUACGAAAUGGCAUUCCAGCAUGUACAUGUAGGUGUCAACCCCGGCAACAUAGAAGAUGAACGAAAAGAGUAUUUCCGCGAUAGCUGCGCAGAUAUCAUUACACAACUUUCGCAUUAUACGUGUAUUAAAUUGGAAAUAUGCUGCCUUGCAGAUACACUGGCCAACGAACUUUUCAGCUAAUGAAAUCGCAAUCCUGUAGUUAGGCUACUUCUACAGCCAAAGUAGAACGA